GACCAAUCCACACCAGCUCAAUGGAGAAAUUCAAGCACCAUCGAUCUUUCCUACAAAAUGUGAGCUUGUUAUCAAUAUCAUGCACACCACUUCAUGAACAUCACAAAUUGAGCCAUGCACAUUAAGGAAUUUGUAGCAUUUAAAACAUCGAUUAAUAAUUCAUUUUCACCCCAUAGUGGCAACAUCUACAAAUCAACACCUGGUCAGUGGCAACAACAACAAAUUCAAACCAGCUCAGUGGCAGCAUUUGCUUCUCCCAAUCUCAAACUUUCAGUUUGUAAUUUAUCUCCAUUUUGCUUUGACCGAGUCAAGAGCUUGACUCACCGUUCCUCUGCAGCUAGCAUGGCAGCACCAACAUCUGAUCACACGCUCACCUCUCAGGAAGAUGCAGUCUUGCGGCCUGAGCUACUUACGGAAUUCAUGGUGUAUAUGAAUAGUGAAGGUUGUGUUAAUGCUGUCAAGAAUAAAUUGCAGACUGUUAAUGGAGUGAGGAAAGUGGAGGUGGAUUUGGGGAAUCAAGUGGUUAGGGUUCUUGGUUCUUCACCUGUAAAGAUUAUGAGUGAAGCUUUGGAGCAGACAGGUCGAACCGCCCGGUUGAUUGGCCAAGGGGUCCCUGAAGAUUUUUCGGUGUCUUCUGCUGUCGCCGAGUUUAAGGGCCCAGAUAUUUUUGGUGUGGUUCAAUUUGCUCAAGUGAAUAUGGAAUUAGCCAGGGUUGAAGCCAGUUUUAGUGGAUUGGCACCUGGGAAGCACUGUUGGUCUAUCAAUGAAUUUGGUGAUCUGACAAGAGGUGCAGCAAGCACUGGGAAAGUUUAUAAUCCUCUCAAUCCAGGAACAGAAAAUCAGCCUCUAGGUAACCUGGGAACAUUCGAGGCUUAUGCUGAGGGAAAUGCCUCCUUUUCUGGUACAAAACAGAAGCUAAAACUUGCAGAACUUAUUGGAAGGUCGGUGGUGAUAUAUGAAACAGAAGAUAAAUCAGACGGUGGUCUUACAGCAGCAGUAAUUGCUAGAAGUGCUGGAGUUGCUCUGAACUGCAAAAAGCUUUGCCAAUGUGACGGAAGCAUCAUAUGGGAGUCGACUGUGUGUAUUUAAGCACCAAAUUCUGAUAAUAUGCAUACCUGUGUAUAUUCUCUAUCUGCAAGUUGAAUGUUAGAAAAAUACUAUGUAUAUCCGGAUAUAAAAUGUACCAUUUCUUUUUA